ACUGCCAAGCGUUCUGAAAAGGAACACAGCCGAAGACGUACUGUCGUACAAUGCCGGAACAGGAGAAUAACGAGAACACGCCAUGUUCAUACUUGCCCACGGGAUGGCGACGUCUUGUAGUAUUCAGAAAAUCGGGUCUUUCUGCUGGUAAAAGUGAUGUCUAUUACUACAGUCCGGAUGGGCAAAAAUUCCGAUCUAAGCCUCAGCUCCAGGCGCACUUUGGAGACAAAUUAGAUUUGACGGAGUUUGAUUUUCGAACUGGUGGUCAUAUUCCGACUGGUAAGAAAAAGAGAACAACUCGAGCUGGUUCACCAAGACUGAGGGCAAUGAGGGGACUGCCGAAGAAUAAGACCCCUCCUAGCCGGGUUAUUUGUGGGCUGGUGAGGCAACCAGUGACAUGUGUUUUACCACAAUCUCAUGAUUUCAGAAAGACAACUCCACCUGAUAUUUCAAUGAAGACUGAUGUUCAGCCACUAAAGCCUCUCCCACAGCAAAGGUUCUGUAUGAAACGACUAGAUAGGCUGGUUGUAUACGGCAUGGACGGUUGUGAAGUACAAGUUGUAGACUGUAAUAAAGUUAACGCUGAUAAUGAGAUGAAUGGUGAUACAAUGGAUGACAAGGAAAGCAGUGACUUAAUUGGUAGACAGCUAACUGAUGCUUCGAAUUCAGUAUAUGUUGAAGACAAGAUUCCUGAUGUUGGCACAAGUGAAGCAAUGAAUGGUGGGGACCAGAAGAAACCAAACACGUCAGCUCCUUCUGUAGCCUCAAAGACAAAAAUGUCUCAAGCUCUUCUUGAUCGGCUGCAACAGGAAAGUCCUGCAGUGAAUUUGUCAUUUCUAACUCAACCUGCUGCUGGAGGAUACAGCCACCAUGUUCCUGCUACUUAUCGAUUUCCGGUGAUGCAUAACACAGUGGGGUAUCCUCAUCUCUUGCCUUAUCAUGUGGGUGCUGUUGGUCACUCAUAUCCACCCGUUUAUAGUCCCGGACAUCCCAUGUUUCAAACACAGCAUGCUGGAACUGAUCGGUUUCACUCAUUCCAGAGGAUGCCUGUUGAAUGGGGCAAUCCACCAGCACAGAGUCGUGUAGUUGAGCAGGCAGAUUCGUCACUGGAGAUUGCAGAGGAGGAAGUGAGGCGACAAGAGGAGAGAGUUCGAGUCAUUAGACAAAAGCUGGAAGCUGCCAGGCUAAAGUCGGGCCAUAGUGCUAUCUGAGAUAAAAUUGUUUAUAUAAGAUGUUAGAAAUUAAU